GCCACAUCUCCAGCGUCAUGUUUCUGAAAUUUUCCACUCGCCGUGACGGCAUGUAAACGCAGCACGCUUGGGCAGCUGCCGAGGACGAACAAUAGAGCAGCUCGGAAGAGUUGAUAACCUCGGAGCGGACGGCAGAUGUGGGAAUAGAAACCAAAGCAAGCAGCAACAGCAGCACAAUUUACAUCGUCUUACGGAGCGUGUCACUGGUUUCCAAGCAUGGCAGUGCAUGUGGCUGGACUUGUGGCUGUGGCUGCCUUUUACAUUGUUAUCCUGCUAACUGGGAUAUUGGCAUCACGCAAAUCCAAAAAAGUGGAGAAGAAAUGCACAGGCAAAAAGAGCGAAGUGGCCAUCGUUGGGGGCCGAAACAUAAAUGUCCUGAUUGGCGUUUUUACAAUGACGGCAACAUGGGUUGGAGGAGGUUACAUUAUGGGGACUGCUGAGGCUGUGUACUCACCAGCCCAAGGUCUCGUCUGGGCUUUUGGCCCUCCUGCGUAUCUUAUAAACUUUCUUUUAGGAGGAUUGUUUUUUGCCAAACAAAUGAGGUCAAAACGCUACGUGACCAUGUUGGAUCCAUUUCAGAAUCGCUAUGGCCAGUUUUUCACUACAGCAAUAUUGAUUCCUGCUAUACUUAGUGAUAUUUUGUGGGUUGCCUGCAUCCUGGCUGCUCUAGGGGGGACGAUGAAAAUUAUCCUUGAACUAUCAACUACAAUCUCCAUCUUGAUCUCUGCGGCGGUCUCUAUCAUAUACACUUUUUUAGGUGGCCUCUAUGCUGUUGCGUACACCGAUAUCAUCCAACUAGCCUUCAUUUUUAUUAGUCUGUGGCUCUGUAUUCCCUUUUUGAUUCUCAGUCCUGUGGUGACUGACCUGGCACAAACAGCUCAUUUCAACCAGUCAAGCGGCCACUCAUGGAUAGGAGAAGUGAAGUUUGAAGACUCAGGAAAAUGGACAGAUGACUUUCUAGUGUUGGCUUUAGGAGGACUGGCUUACCAGUCUUUCCACCAAAGGAUCCUUGCAGCAGCCUCCUCAUCCAAGGCACAGGUUACCUGCUUUGCUGCUGCUGGCCUUUCUUUUAUUAUGGGAAUUCCCUCUGUGAUCGUCGGUGCCGUGGCUGCAUCUGCAGACUGGAACCAGACAGAAUAUGGUCUACCCCCACCUUAUGAGCGAGGGGAGGCAGGGAAUGUCCUGCCGCUGGCUCUUUGCUACAUCACACCCACCUGGGUGUCAGUGUUAGGCAUUGGCGCUAUAGCAGCAGCAGUUAUGUCCUCCAUGGACUCAACAUUGCUGUCAUCAGCAUCCAUGUUCACACAAAACAUAUACAAGACGACUUUCAGAAAGCAGGCCUCAGAGAAGGAGCUACAAUGGGUGAUCCGGAUUAGUGUGCUGUUUGUGGGCUUGGCUGGAACCGGCCUGACCUUUAAUAAGAGCAGCAUCCUAGUUCUCUGGCUGCUUGCUGCGGACCUACUCUAUUGUAUUGUGACUCCGCAGCUGUUCUGCGUGGUACACCUUCGCUGUGCCAAUUGCUACGGUGCCAUCGGCGGCUACGUGGUAGCGCUGCUUCUCCGUGUGCUGAGCGGUGAGCCGGAACUCGGCAUUUCGCCCGUCUUGCUCUACCCGGGCUGGAGGGAGAAAGAUGGCGUCAUCAUGCAGUACUUUCCCUUCAGGACUCUAAUAGCGAUCAUAUCUCUGGCGUCUAUUGUUCUCAUGUCCUGGGUGGUCCACCUAGGCUUCACUCGCCAGAUCAUUCCUCGGUCUUUGGAUGUGUUGGAUGCAUUUGAAGAGAUUAUGGAGUCAGAAGAAGAAGAAGAAGAGGAGGAGAGACCAAUUCAAAUUUUCAAUGAGGAAAAGAAGUAUGUUUUUAAUACAGCUUUAUAGGAUUAUGGUUUCCACUAAGCCCUGUUUAUGGGUGUAUUAAUGAACACAUACUUACAUUUUUUUCUAUGCUCUAGUUUGUUCUACAAAGUAUUGAAUAUUAUUGUGACAGGGAUUGCAAAGUUUAGCAGGUUGCUGCUAAUUCAAUAUCAGGAUUGCAGUCAUAAUGUUAAAGCACAUAUUUAACCCAAUCUUUUUUACACAAUGCCAGUUUCGGUAAGAUUUAUUUUAUUAUUACAACUGAUCCAUGUUAUGUGAUUGUAUUCCUAAUCUAAACCGCUUCCGAAACUUGGGCGGGUGUUUUAGUUUCCUAUAAGAACUAUUAAGAGAUUAGACGCCACACUGGUGGUGCUAAGGUUCUACUCUCACUUAUUUAAAGUGUUAAAUGUUUAACAGCAUUUUACUGGCUAUUUCUACAAUUUUUAGGUAGUGUUCUUUAAAAAAUAUUUGUGUUUGCACUUUCUAAGAAUCUGAUAUUUACAAGUUACAACACUGAAAUAAGUUAUUGGCAGUAGAGUGGGAAUGGAGUUCUCCAUGAUUUUGAUUCUGCUGCAAAUAAAGAAUAAUUGACAGCAAUUAUAGUUGUGUCUUGUGUGUUUUUUACCCAGGGGUGAAAGUGGGCCAGAACAGUCAGGAACGCAGUUCCGGUAUAAGAUUCAGGGCUAGAACGUAGUUCCGGUAUAAGAUUCAGGGCCGGAAUGCUGUUCCGGUACACGGUGGUUUGAUUCCGAAAAUAUGACGACAAAUGUCAAAACGCUAUUUAAAAAAAAAAAUAAAAAAAAAUGCUAAGCUGCCUCACGUGCAUUUCAUCUCCAAGAACAAAACAAUCUACCAACAUCAGAUUUACAUACACAAGUGUUAAAAACAAGCUUAAUAAAGUGCUUGUGUAGCGUAAUCCGUUUCCACCAAUAUUUAUUAUUUAUUUUAUUCCACGGACGGCAUGGGGGUUUCCCCAGCUGCUGCAGUUAUCCGAGUCUGACGAUGACGAGUCACAUCCAUGUACGAAUGCACGCAGCAAAGCAAAACGCCUGGUCUCAUUUAUCCGUUCAAUUGGCUGACAUGCUGACAUGUGAUCAGCAUAGAUAGUUAGCUCUGAUUGGUUCAAAUGUGCAUGUUUUCUGGAACAGCAAAAAAAAAAAAAAGUUGAAUUGAUGCGACAAAAAAAGGACAAUGCAACAUAAAAUGGAUCAAAUCUUUAAGAGCAGCGAAAGAGUUGAGGAGGCUUAAUUAUAAUAUAUAGUUUUAUUUGCUCUGAUGGGGAGGUUCAGAACAUCUUAGCUGUCAAUGUACACUUUGGACUAAUAUUUGUUCAUUUAUGUUUGGCUACUUAUUAAUUUCCUUAUGAUUUAAGAAAGUCAAUGUUUGCGCAAUCUUCAAAAUAUAUUCUGUUUCACUCUGCAUAGUAUAAGUUAUUAGGGCCCGAGCACUAAGCGUGCGAAGGCCCUAUUGUUUUGCAAAGGAUUAUUAUUA